AUGGGAAUUUUAUUCAAUGAGACGGAAUUUCCGUCGGAAGAAUCGCUAAGGAUUUAUAAGUAUUACGAAUAUACCUGGUUCUGUAUAACGUUUAUUAUUGUCAUCUACACGUUGUCUGUGAUGUCAAAUAGUAAGUGGAUUGACUGAAGUAGAAACUUUAGAAGAAGCCAGCGCAGGCAUCAGCACUUACAAAUGGUAUCUUAUUCAUGGCAUGUUGUGGUAAGUUGUUUUAAUUGGUGAGCCUGUUUACAACACAAAACAAUUACCUUGGUAUUAGGGGGUGUUUAUUUGAUGUAUGCUCAACUCUGAUCGGUGCAGUCACUUUAUUCCCUCUGCCCUGUUAUUACGGUGUGAAUCUGGCCUCCAACUUUAGUGGGAAUGCCCAAUUGGUCUACUUUUUCAUUGCAGUUGGCUCUUCCGUGGCCAAAGGGCUCGCUCUUCUCUAUCAAUUCGAAUAUCGGUAUUAUCAGGCGCUGCCCAUUCACUCCUGGUAUCGGAAGAACUUUGAAUUUUUGCAUGGAAGUUAUGCAUUCCAUUGCAGAGUUUUAUAUACACUUGUUGCUUUGGGAACCGUUUUGGUAAGAUGAUGAUUUAAAACAUUGUUAUAAUUGCUGGGAAAGCCUCUUUGUCAACGAUCGAAGUUCCCUUGGCAUCAGCCCUUUUCGUGUUAUGCAAUUUUUUUGUUUAGAUACCGAAAGCACUCGAUCUCCCAGAUCAAGAAGAACAUAAGGCUUAUCUGGCAAGUAUCGACCCGUAUAUGGGCGUUUUAUUCAAGCAACACCCAACCGCAACUUGCUUCGGAAGUGGCCUUUACAACUUCGAGUUUACUUUUCUAUUUUGGGCUACAUCCUCGACAAUUUUAUGCUUCGUUUUUGCAAUCCUGAGUUAUUUAAACAUCCGUGAACAAAAGUUUACAGCAGCCACGUACCGGCUUCAAGUAAUGUUAUUUCGCUCGCUUAUCGCUCAAAUGGUCGCUUUCUUCUGCCUUUAUAUGAUUCCCGGGACAUUUUACUUGCUGAGCGGUAUCAUGAAGAUUGAGAACAUGCCCAUCUAUAAUGUUGCGGGGUUCUAUCUCUAUGUUACACACACUUCUGUCGACAGUCUGAUGGUCCUGUUUUUUAUAAAGCCGUACCGGAGACUGGUGGCAUCAAAUCUCCAGCAAAUAAUGAGGAGUGUCUGUAUUAUACGUGAGUGUACAACAAGGCUGGAUUCACUUAAAGUGGUUCCCGCAAAGCCAUCGACAACGUUAACCCACCAUGAAACGGCCGGGGCUUGAAUUGUAACAAUGACUUCAAAAAUGGAAGUAUUAUAAUGAUGGGGAAGAGACUUGGACAGGAAUAAAAUACGUAAAGCUAGUUCAAUGCUUUCAAAAGUUAUUGGGCUAAACUUUUUCUACUGACUGCGGUAUUUGUGAUGGGAUACACCGACUUCAAAAUUUGUCCAUUUUUUUAUUACCCUGUGCAUACGUCAUAAAAAACGCCUCCUAGAACAACAGGUCGUUUGCUACAAUAUCCCAAAAUUUGAGCAAAUGUAUGUUUUGCAUUAUAUGUUGCAAUUGUUUUAAUUUCAGUUCCCGGUUUUGUUUGCAGUUUGUUAAAUUAACAUUAACCUAAUGAUGACUGGACAAAACUUUUAAUAAAUUUCUAAAACCCUUAAGGGAAAUUUUUUAACAAAACAAACGCUUUUGUUUUUUGGCAAGUGAACUACAAUUCUAUUUUGAAAAGAAAUAAAACAAAGAAAUUUUUAUAGGCUUCUUUGGUAUGCAUAAUAGUGAAUUUGCUUAUGUUUUUUGGAAAAGUCGCUGGAGUGAUUUCGGCGACAUGUACAGUGCAAGAAAGGUCAGGGUGCGAGCCAUAGCCCUGACAACCCGGUUGGACAGUGCAAAGAUUUGGCGAAACGACUUUCUCCUCCUUUUGCGUACUCUCUUGUAGUCAAAGAACGUUGUAAAUUUAGGUAUCUAAUACUGCGUUAUAUGGUUUUCAUAAGAGCGAAAAGUGUAUAAAAAACGAAGCACGUCCCUUGAUAGUUCCCUUGUCAACCCCAAUUUAUCAUAUUCCUGUGGGUUUACACUGCCUUGUUAUACAUUCUUUGAAGGGCAGCUGAUAAAUUUAUUUUAAGUGUCUUUGGUAAAAGCCCAUCCCCGAGACUCUUGACUAAGUACUCAACUUUGGAUUUUUAGGCACAAAUCUCAACUCAUCUUUGCCGUCUGUUUUUCGCACACUUUCUUCGAUUUUGUGCUGUUACAAUAACACGGCGAUGUUGCCUAGAAAACGCGGAAAUUGUAUUCCUUAUACAUUUUUCACAAUUCUUGUUCAAGGAACCAAUUGUAAGAAAUGGUACGUUGAAUAA